AGAACCAAUGAUGGGUUGCAUAAUGUGGGCCCUUCUCUUGGCCCUUCUCCUGGGGAUGAGUUGGGAAGGAAAUAACAAAGGGAGGGAAACCUGGGGAGAAAAUUCAAUCGUCAACUUCUCCAGCAUCGUGGCCUCAGGAAAUAAUCUCUCUAACUGUUGGAUCUGCCAUCCCGGCCCACGGGAUGGGGUUCCUAAGCUCCAGUUCGUACCUACAAACGAGGAUGUGCCUCUCACUUUGACUUCCGGACCCAUUAGGAGCACACCACUCCUGUUGGCGGAACUCAAGGAGCACGAGGAUAUGGCGUGUGUGACCCUUACAGACACUUGGAACCAAACUGGGCUCCAGGUUAAGCGCCCUCUUCUCUGUAAAGAACAGGGGCGGCCCUGUUGCCCCUGCGAGACCAACACCUGCCUUACCAGUGCGGGCAGCUCGCCCUCCAUUUAUCCCAUGUCCUUUUCCAUUGCAAGCUCUUCGUGUGUCCCCAACCAGACUCACUGGUGUGUGGACUCCUCUCUGCUUCCCCCGGGCGACCAACCUAACUUCUCCUGUACUCACUGGAAAGGAACAGCAACCCCUUCCUGGAGGCUCACCUAUCAGACCCCAUCUGCCUUCGACAGCCACGAGGGAAUAGAGGAGGACGCAGAGCUAGGUGGGGGGCCGAUGGACGGAGGGCCCCUGUCCCCCAGGUGCAAGAGCACACCUAAGUGGGGUCCCCUUUUACGAAGUUGGUUUAAUUCCUCUUCAGCCCGCCGGGCCUGUGCCCCCCCUGGGUAUCUGUUCCUCUGUGGGCCGCCACAAAAUAAACUGCCCUAUGAAGGGAGCCCCGAUUCCUCCUUCUCCUGGCCUCUUCGGGCAGUGGCCUACGCGUGUUUAGAUAAUGUCCACUUCCGGGGACAAUGCACUGUGGGACGACUGGGCCCAGAAGGAUUAGGCGCCACUAUAUAUAACGUCACCUCUCAAGGCAGACGUAAGAGAGCACUCAGGCUUAUCUUGGCGGCAGCUAGAGAAGCCACGGGACCGGCUGCCCCCCAGGAGGGGAUUGUCUAUCAUGAGACGACCUUAAAAAGCCUUACCCAGGUCAUCGAAAACCUGGCCUCAAGCGGUGGCGACACCUCAGAGGGCCUCCAGGAGUCCCUAGAUUCCCUUGACAAUAGGUUAGCUGUAGAUUAUCUUCUGGCCACACAAGGGGGUGUCUGUGCAGUAGUCAACGACACGUGCUGUACGUACAUCAACGCCUCUGGGGAGGUCGAACUAAAUACCCAGGAGAUUUACAGACAAGCCAGAUCGCUGCAUGGGUUCAAGAGCCCCAAUGCCCAAACUAUAUAGGACUCAGAGGUUAUAUGCCUAACGUUGCCUGAUUCCGUUCUUUCCUGGGCCCUCUUGUGGCAAAAAAUUCUUCUGUUACUAUUCAGACCCUACCUCCUUAAUCUUUUGGUUAAGUUUGAGUCUUCUAGAGGACGGCAGUUUCUUGUCAAACAGAUAGUGGCACAAGGGCCCCACCUAUCCAGCCCCAAGAGGAACAAGGUCCUUACAGGUCGUUAGAGCAGUCAGCGGGAGAGUUUUACUCCUCCUGGUAGGACAUGGACGACGCCCCGCUCAGCAAGAAGCAGUUUCAGAAGAUGAGACCUUCGGCCCCUCCUCCUUAGGAAUAAGGAGGGUAAAAUCUCUCCGGUGGAGGUGGGGAGGGGUGAGGUAGACCAGGGGCUGUGUCUGGGACCUCCCCCCCCUCCCUGCCCUAACCACAGUGCACACUGCUCUGUGCUUUUGUCACCUUAGGAGAAAAGGCUGAGAGCUACAUGCUUUUGAGCAUUAUAUCUCAUAGGGAUGCGGGGGCAGGAUGUUUUCCAGAAAGAACUCAAAUGAAGAAACCAAACUAAACCAAGCCUGUGCCAAGAUGGACCCCAGCACGGACCCUCACCUACUUUUUUCGUCGUUAGAAUACCAAUAAUCCCGGCCGUGGCUGGAUACUUAACAUGCUAAUAAGACACGUGCUGCGGAAGCAUGUUCUGUCCACUGCGCCUGCGCCCCAACCUCCUUUGUCUCCACCUCCACCUGCUGAGAUGUCCCUCCUUUGCCGCUUCAGCCCCCUUGCGGGCUUUGCCGGCCUUUGUUCCGGGAGCCGGCUCUCUGGUCUGGAGCAUAGGCCCCCAAUAAACGCUGCCUGAACCUUUUCUUGGCCUCGUGUCAAUUUCUGUUUUGGCGGAGGGCUAAAGAACCCUGGGGUCCAGAACAGUCCCGCCGGUUCCUCUUUCUUGGCUUUCUCAAGUCCCGGUCCCUGGUGAUGUAGAUGUCUUUUUACUUGUUUACUUGUUAGGGAGGGUAUUUUUCAUAAGGGAGAUUUGCUGCCUGCUUUCAGCGGGACGGAGGAGGGUGUGAGUGUCCUUGCACUAUUUCCUAGGUAACUUAUUCAGUUAAGAUCAUCAAUAUUGCCAGAGUGAUACCUGCCCUUUCUCUCUAUAUCAUUGUAGGGGAGGCAAAACUCGACCUCUUCCCGUCUUAGGUUUUUGGCUAGGACUCUUAACGAAAACACUAACAAGAGAAAAACAGUUCACGCACCCAGUGCACAUCACAAGGGGAACCUAAAUGAAAACAAACUCACGAUGGUAACUUAGAAUUCCAACUUAUUUUCCAUCUUCAAUAAAGGAGAGUACAUUUGCAGAGGUGAUAGGACAAAGGAAAACAAUUUUAGGCCCCAAGGCCAACAAACUGGGAAGGUACUAAUAAGGGAGGAAAGUAAUGGAGGUUUUCAGAUUCUCCUGGUUCCUCUCUGGGCUGGUAAAUGUCAGUCUCCGGUAAAAUAAUUUAUAUCUUGCCUUUAGGCAAAACGGGGAAAGUAAAGAACUUUUCCUGUGUUGGCUGCCUUUUUUUUUUUCCUGACUCAAAAACCUUUUGUUUAAUUUAUACAAAAAGCUACUAAAUACAAAAAGUAGUUUAAAACAAAAUAGUUUGGUUUUUUUUUUUUCCUGGCAGAAUUUAAAUGCACAUAAUGGAUAAUUCUGAAGAAAAUGCAUUUUCCCCACAGUGUUCAGGACUAAAAUUCUACUGAAAUCUUUGUUGGCCCCUUCUAGAUUGCCUUCAGCUCAAAAUAAUUUCUGUGACAAAAUGGUGUAUUUUGCGUGGCCUAUUCUACUUUUCAUCAUUAAAAUGUCUAGGGCCUUUUUUUUUUUCCUCCCUUACAUCUAAAACUGAUUCUCUGCUCAGUGGUCAUCACAUGCCUGAGACUUCUCAUUUGGGGAAUAUUAUUUUGGAAAUGAAAUGGCAUGGGAGGCACCCAGAGGGGAAGGCUGAGGUUGAUUCCUGUAUAUUUCACCAGAUGAGGCUGCUCCGCAGGGUGUUUGUGCCUUGUGGGCAUUUAAACCUUAGACAUGCUUGAAUUCCAUAACCCUUUAAGAUGACUUCUAGUCAAAAGUCAUCCCCGUCUAGAGUCUAGAACUAUGAUUCUAGGCUUUUCAAGAUUGGAAGGGAUUCAGGGUCCCUGGGGAGCUCAGCUAGAGCAGCAGGUGACUCUUGUUCUUGGGGUUGUGAGUUUGAGCCCCACAUUCAGUGUAGCAGUUACUUAAAUAGAUAAAGAAACUUUUUUUUAAUUGGGAGGGAGGGGGGUGCCUGGGUGGCUCGGUCGGUUAAGGUUAAAUGUCGGGCUGUUGAUUUCGGCUCAGGUCAUGGUCUUGUGGUUCGUGGGUUCGCGCCCUGCGUUGGGCUCUGUGCACAGAGCCUGCUUGGGAUUCUGUCUCCCUCUCUGUCUGCCUCUCCUCUGCUCUCUCUCUCUCUCUCUCUCUCUCUCUCUC